AUGGAUAAUAUCCCAAGAAAUAUAAAGAAAAGGGCUAUCGCUUUACUGAACAUUGAGGAAACUACUCUAGCAACAGACAAGGCUACUACAAAGAAACAAAAACUUGGAAAGGAUAGAAUCACUGGCCAUAGCCAUAAUCUGAAAACGAGCCCUCGCUGCUCUCCCCCGCUUGUCGACUUAACUAUCCUAGUAAGAAACAAAUUCGAGGUUUGCAUUGUUAUGUUAUUGUUAUGGAUGAUCAGAUAUGACAUAUUAUAUGUUUCCCCUUUGAUUGCCCUAAGCAUUUUUGAGAAUUUGAAUCCGUACCCAACAUAUGGGUUAUGUAUCUACAAAGAAUAUUAUAUCACCAACGACCAGGCGCUCAAGGAGGAAGCUCGGGAGAAGAAGUGGCUCUUCAUAAGAAUCCGGUUAUCAUUCAUUCAGUUCUGUCCGCAGGCAAACGAUCUUCAGUUUGAGUACAUGUUCAUGCUCAUACCUUCACCUAAAGCUAAUUAUGUAGCAAAACUACUACGCCAUCGUGUCAAAAUGAAGAUCCUUGUAUUUUUUGCACCACCGCCAAUUUAUGUCUGUUUAAAUGGUAGCCAAAGAAGUAGCGUAGCUAGUGGAAGCAGCAGGUAUAGUCACACAGCUAAGAACUACCGUAUUACAGUAUGUUACAACGAGUAUUACAUAGCUGGAGCGUCAGAUAUUGUGAUAAAUCAUUUCUGUGCUUUCACCUUUCUUUAUUGUUGUAUAAUUGCUAUGGAGUCGAUUGAAAACUCGUUCAACAGAGAAGGAUAUUCUUUUGAAUUCAUGGAUGCAUUCAAGGAGCUACAGCUCUAUUCGGCAGCUAUUUUGAAAUGGACGAAGUCUGACAUUGAGCGCUACAGAACUGUUAUAAUGGCUAAAGGACUUACUGAUAAAGAGCUGGAACAAAUUAUUGAGUCUGAUGAGUUCUGGGAGGAUUUCGACGUGAAUAAUACUGCAUCAUCGUCAUCUUCCACUUACGAAUACAAUGAAAAUACUAUUGAAAAGGAGGAUAAACGUGAUGCAUGCGAAAAACUUUUUACGUUUGGGGACCAGAGCGAUCAAGAAGAGGAAGACGAAGAGGAACUAAGUACCCACGAUACGGACAGUGAGCAGGAAUGGCAGCCUUCCGACGAACAAAAUGAAGACGAAGAACAUUCAGCUAGUACCAGUAAUGAAGAUGUGAAUUUAAACAGAAAGGAAGUUCCAAAAGCUUUGUAUGGAAAAGAUAGAACAAAAUGGUCUACUACUGCUCCAGUAAGAGGAAAGACUCUUGCAAAAAACAUCAUAAAAGUUUUGCCCGGUUUGAAAGGAAAUGCAGCACAACACAAACCUCAAUCUGCCUUACAAGCCUGGAAGUUGCUUCUGACAGAUGAAAUAUUUGGACAAAUUAUAACUCAUACUAAUACAAAAAUCAGAUCAGUUCAAAGUCAUUAUGGAAAGUUCAAGAAGAAGAGCAAUAGCAGGUCGGAAUUUCGGCCUUCAUUUAUUGGUGAAACUGACAAAACAGAAAUUGAGGCAUUUGUUGGUCUUCUAUACUUCCUUGGGUUAUACAAGUCAGGCCAUGAAGAUUUAAGGUCCCUUUGGGCUACUGAUGGAACGGGACGUGACAUAUUUAGAUGCACGAUGUCACUUGCUAGGUUCUCCUUUCUCUUAUGCUGCCUUCGAUUUGACGACGAACUAACACGAAAAGAAAGAAUGAAAAAUACCAAACUAGCCGCUUUAGGAAAUCUUUUUGAAGAAUUUAUCCAAAAAUGUAAAGGAAACUACUCACCCGGGGAAUACUUGACCGUAGAUGAGAUGUUGGUACCGUUUCGCGGACGCUGCAGUUUUAAGAUGUUUAUUCCAAGCAAGCCCGCUAAAUACGGUCUUAAAGUUUUUAUAUUCAGGAGAAACGUAUUUCCAGUAAGAGGGCUAUUUCGCCAGCAAAAAUCAGAAAAUGCAUUCAUGAAGUUGUUUUUUUCCUGUCAGAGCGUGAAAGACGUCUUUAAUGACACUGAGCCUGAUCAAAAUAAAGCCAGAAGUGAGCAAAAUGAAUCUGAUAAAACAGUUGUCGUCAACUUGUUACGUGAAGCUGUCCCUGACGUUAGCCUAACCAACAUAAAAGUGAUGAGAUUAGGAAUGUUUUGCGGCACAAAAGUGAGACCCAUCAAGGUAAUACUUGACAGCUAUGACUCAGCAUUGCAAGUUCUGGUGAAUGCGAAAAAGCUUAAAUCAAGACGCCAAAAUAUACCACUUAUAGGGCAUAGAGAUGGGGGACGACUUUUUUCUAACGACAGCACGAAUGACGAGGAUAUCCUUAAUAAUGAAGGGAAUUUUAGAGAACUAACACGGUUUAGAGUCGAGAUCGGCGACAAUUUAUUGAAAAAAAACUUAGCUAUAAAUCACAAAUGUCAAUCGUAUUGCGGUAUUGUUAUCAAAAACGAGGACCUCAUGGUAUUUGUGGAUUGCUACCCAAAUUUAGAUGAACAUACAAUGGAGCCCAAACACACAGGUCGAAUUCUUGCUCAAACAGUCAAGCAUUUCAUUAAAACCAAUAACAUAGACUCAAAACUAUGUAUGAGGAUUGGUACUGAUACGUGUAACCUAAUGUUAGGUGUACAAAAUGGCACUGUAAUGGAAUUGCAAAAAUGUUUGCCAAAUGCUCCAAAAAGUCCAUGCGCAAAUCAUGCCUUGAGACUUUCGGUUUCAGAAAGCAGCAGUGCCCAAGCAGUAAGCAAUACUGUAGGGUAUAAUGAAGGAAGUAUAUCAAGUCUGAGCAGGAGCCCCGCAACAUAUAUGAGUGUCUCCCAAGGGAGCUUGCCCCCUGGAAAGAAAAGGAAGGAAUUGGAGGAUUCAAUGAAUGCAAUCGUUGAAGAUAAUUCCCAGGUCGGUAAUGAUAAUACAAUUGACAAUGAUCUACAAUCAGGAGUAAUGAAGGUAGAACUUCCUACAAUAUUAUCUCCCAAAAAAGCAGAUCGACCGCUUUUAACAUAUAAGCAGACUGAUAAGGGCCCCUAUCAUGUUUAUAUCGAAAACAAUGAACCAAAUUUCUCAGGUAAAUUAAACCCAGUUAAGGUUGGUGAAACUAUUCUCAAAAAUAUUCCUGAAGUUGACAAUAUGAUUAAAAGAAUUGAAUCGAUUGGACGCAAUAGGAAGGUAAUUUUGUGUCAUAACUGUAUGCGUUAUGGUCAUUUGGAUAAGCAAUGUAGAAGCAAGCCUAGGUGUGCAAAAUGUAACGAAGAAGAUGUUACUAGCUCAUGCCACAACGACUCUUUGGAACAAAAAUGUUUAAUUUGCGGUGGCAGUCACUACUCAUUUGAAACCUCAAAAUGUGAUGAAUUUGAGAGGCAAAAGGCAAUUGAAAGGCAUAUGGCAAUGACUAAUUCUUCUUUUAGAGACUCAAACAAUGCCAAAAACCACAUAUGCACCCAUGAAUUUAAUAGGAGAGAUGGGACGUUCAUCCAACAUGUUUCAGAAUUGAUAUUUUCAAUCAAAUAUAUUGUGGGAGUGCUGAAAUACCGAAAGAUUGGUAUUGGUAUAAUUAUUCUAAUUCUGAAACCUGGAAAACCAGAACAACAUCAAGAUUCAUAUCGUCCCAUUGCACUAGCUUCAUGCGUUUUGAAAGCAUACGAAAGACUCAUAAAGAACAGGUUGGCAUUCUACUUGGAGAAAAACCAAUUGCUCCCAAGCUCGCAAUACGGAUUUCGAAAACGACGGUCUACUCAAGAAUUACUGAUAAAGUUAACAACUGAUAUCCAAAUUGGAUUUUCGAAUAACACGCAUACUUCUGUAAUAUUUUUAGACGUUAUGGGAGCUUAUGAUAAUGUAGACUUGAAUAUACUAUUCAAUAAAAUUAUAAAUAUUGGUCUUCCAAAAGAACUUUCCAACCAUUUGUUAUUACUGUAUAGCAAUAGAAACAUUUUCAUCAGAGCCUCUGAGCAGACUAUUGGACCACGAUCAACAUCUAAAGGACUAGCACAAGGGAGUAUACUGAGUCCCAUCUUGUAUAUAAUAUAUUCCUACGACUUUGAAAGAGCUUUCAAUUCAAGAGAUGCUAAAAUAUAUCAGUUUGCAGAUGACUAUGCCAUUAGUACCCAGAACAAAAAUUUAUCUCAAUCUAUGGAACUUAUAGAAACAGCGACUUCCAUUGCACAAAAAUGGUUUGAGAAUAAUGGAUCUUCCAUUGCCUACUCAAAAUCUUGUGUAUGGUACUAUUCGCCAGGAGUGAAAUGCUUAGUGGGUGAGGAGAUUACUGAAUUGAUCGCUGCGGACGCGAUGUACAAAAAGAUCAACAUCUACAGCUCGAUAGUGGAAUAUAGGCGAGAUGUAGCCUUUAGGGUGUAA